AUGGGUGUCCAGUCGAACAAGAGGCAAGCCAAAAAAAAAACUCCCAAGACGCGUCACGUCGCCAUCUCCGACGAUCAAACAGCCCUGUGUUUGAGUUGGCAGUGGCCAAAGUGUGGUGGGAUCACUCUUUGGGUGAAGUUCGUUUUGGCUCUCUCGGUGGGCGCUUGCCAGUCCGACGAGGGGAAUCGGACCUAUGGGGGGGGGCUACGACGAUGGCCUCUCGCUUCCGGUCCCCCACUUGGCUACUUUCCUACUUUCCUACUUUUAGCCCUCAGACUCCUCCCAACUCUCCUUGGCUCCACAACGAGGACACGACACGCAAUCGGUGUCUGGUUACAGGAUCGUUUGGCGGCCGAGUGCUCGCCCACCUUGCCCUUGUCCACCUCGCUCGCCCACUUCUGUCGCAUCCAUGGCGGACACACGAUGCUUACGGUAGCCAGCGCUUACUACCUGCCUACCUAA